CGUUUCUAUACAGAUCACUCUUUUGAGAUAAUUAUGUCAAAUCUCGCCAGACUCGAAAUCCUUGCCCUUGAUGUAUCUGGAAAAAAUUAUAUGACAUGGGCAUCGGAUGCACGAAUGCAUCUGAGAUCGGAUGGGCUUUUAAGCACCAUCGAUCCGUCGAAAACGACGUCAGAUGAGGAUAAGGCCAAAGCCAUGGUGUUUUUACGCCACCACCUCCACGAUAAUCUGAAAAAUGAGUACAUCACGAAAGAAGAUCCUGUAGAUCUUUGGCAAUCACUCAAAGAUAGGUUUGAUCACCAGAAAUAUGUGAUCUUACCAAAGGCUAGAAAUGAGUGGUUAAAUCUCCGGUUUUUGGAUUACAAAAGUGUUGGUGAAUUUAAUUCCGCUAUGUUCGGAAUCACCUCCAAGAUGGCUUUGUGUGGCGAAGAAGUGAGCGAUUAUGAUAUGAUCAAAAACGCUCUCAACUUUUCAUCCUGGAAAUCUCCACUUCCAGAAGUGAAUGUUGCUUCAUCCAGUUAUAAUAAUUGGCAAGGACGAGGACGCAGACGCGGCCGAGGUCGUGGCCGUGGUCGUGGGCGUGGAGGAGGUUGUGGCCGAGGUAGAGGAAGAGGUCACUAUCCUAAUAGCUUUAACGCUGGCAAAGCCAACAACGAUCUUCAUGUAAAUGAUGUCAGCCGCGUUAUAAAGAAAAAAGAUGAGAGUAUUUGUUACAGAUGCGGCAUGAAGGUCAUUGAUUUCCUCGUCAAUCAAGAGAGUGGAAAAUCAUGCGAUUAA